CUCUUUUUUUUCCGGCGAAACCCUCACCGGCGUUCAAUUCUUGGGGCAAAUUUCCGGCGAUAUUCCAUUGCAUCAACAGAACGAUGUUCACGCCGCAGAGGAAGGCGUGGCCCACGGCGGUGGCCGCCUUCACGCCGAGCCGAGGCGGUGCAGGGACGAGUUCCAACCUCGCGCCCUCCGCGAAGGGAAAGGCCGUCGCCGUCGCCGAUGACCCGCCGCCGCCGUUGGGGUUUCUGAGUGAAACCGCCCGGGAGGCGACGGUGGGGUUCGACGCGGGGAACGUUGAGGACUGGAAGAAGUUCAAGGAGGUUGGGUUGCUGGAUGAGGCGGUGAUGCAGAGGAAGGACCAGGAAGCGCACUUCGGGAAGGUCUCGAGGCUCGAAAAAGAGCUUUUUGACUACCAGUACAAUAUGGGCCUCCUGUUGAUUGAGAAGAAAGAAUGGAGUUCGAAGUUUGAUCAGCUGAGACAAGAAUUAGCUGAAACUGAGGAGAUUCUAAAACGACAACAGUCAGCACAUUUAAUUGCAUUAUCUGAAGUCGAGAAGAGAGAGGAAAAUUUGAGGAAAGCAUUGAACACGGAGAAGCAGUGUGGGGCUGAUCUUGAGAGAGCUUUGCGUGCAAUGCAAGAAGAGCAUACCCAAGUCCAGUCUUCCUCCCAUACAAAGCUAGCUGAAGCAAAUGCAUUGGUUGAUGGAAUUGAAGAGAAGUCUUCGGCGGUGAACAAGAAACUGCAUGAUGCAGAAGCUACGCUUGCCGAGGUAAACAGAGAAAGAGCAGAGCUGGAUACGAAAUUGCGAGAGGUGGAGUUUCGUGAAAGUUUGGUUCAAAAGGAACGUUUGUCAAUAGCUGCCGAUCGAGAAUCAUUUGAGGCAACAUUCUACAAAGAAAGGGAAGAUUUGAAGGAGUGGGAGAGGAAGCUACGGCAAAGAGAAGAUAUGCUUUGUGAUGGUAGGCUAAAUCUUGGUGAGCGAGAGGAAAUGUCAAUUGAAGCUGAGAAGAACCUGAAGCAGAGAGAGAGAGAUCUAGAAGUGUUGGAGAGGAAUAUCGAUUCAUCUAAUUCUUUAUUGAAAGAAAAGGAAGCUGAGAUAAGCAGAAGAGUAGCAGAUUUAGUUGUGGAAGAGAAGAAAGUGGAUUCUUUAAAGCUCAUGCUGGAGAUGAAAGAGAAAGAAUUACUUGCACUGGAACUUAAACUUAGUGCUAGAGAAAGUGAGGGGAUCCAGAAGCUCCUUGGUGAACAAAAAGAUACUCUGGAUUUAAAGAUGCAGCAGUUUGAGCUGGAAAUGGAACAAAAGCGGAAAUCCCUCGUUGAGGAGUUCAGCAGCAAGAAGGAAGCGCUGGAACAGAUGGAAGCCGAAGUCAACCACAGGGAAAAGAAGGUUGGAAAAGAAGAGCAGGCUUUGAGCAAGAAGGCUGAGAGAAUAAAGGAGCAAAAUAAGGAACUUGAAGCAAAAUUGAAAUCUUUAAAGGAGAAAGAAAAGAAUAUGAAAAUCAAAGAAAAAGAGUUGGAGAAGGAAAAACAACAAUUGCUUGCUGAUCGAGAGAGUCUUGAGAAUUUGAAUGUUGAACUUGGGAAGAUAAAAGCUGAGAUUUCUCAACAAGAGCUGCAAAUAUGGCAAGAGAGUGAGAAUUUGAAGGUUACUGAAGAUGAGAGGUCAGAGCAUUCUCGUUUGCAAUUGGAACUAAAACAGGAGAUAGAACAUACCAGAUCGCAGAAGGAUUUUCUUAUUAAGGAAGCUGAAAACUUAAGGGAGGAGAGACAGAGGUUUGAGAAAGAGUGGGAAGUGCUGGAUGAGAAAAGAGCUGAAAUUAGUAGAGAGCAGCAUGAAAUUGAUGUGGAGAGAGAAAGGUUAAGAAAAUUGCUGCACACUGAAGAAGAAAGGUUGAAAAGACAGGAACAAGACAUGCAAGAUCAUAUAAAGAAAGAGCUGGAGAAGCUUGAAUUGGAGAAGGAAUCAUUUAAAGAUUCAAUGAAGCAAGAGGAACUUCUUUUAUCUGAAAAGGUGAAAAAUGAAAAGGCUCAAAUGCUUCAAGAUUUUGAAUCGAAGACAAGGAAUCUUGAGAAUGAAAUCCAAAAGAGGCAGGAAGAUAUGGAGAAAGACAUGCAGGAAAGAGAGAGAAAAUUUCAGGAGGAAAUGGAAAGAGAGCUUAAUAAUAUUAAUGUCUUGAAGGAUGUUACUGAGAAAGAAUGGGAAGUGGUGAAGUCUGAGGGGACUAGGUUGGAGAAUGAGAGGAAGGAACUCGAGUCAAACAAGCAGCAUCUGAAGUCAGGCCAACGUGAGAUGCAUGAAGAUUCUGAAAUGCUUAUGAAUCUCAGCCAGAAGGUUAAGAAGGAACGUGAACGCCUUGUGGCUGAAAGAAAACACUUCCUUGCACUUGUUGAGAAGCUAAGGAGUUGCAAGGGCUGUGGGGAAGUUGUUAGGGACUUUGUUGUAUCGGAUCUUCAGUUACCUGAAUGUAAGGAAAGGGUGGUUAUUUCCUCGCCUACCUCCCCUGUUCUGAAUAAUAGGCCUCUUAAGAACUCCCAGGACAAUGUAGCGGCCUCUGACUUGAACUAUUCUGGAUCUGUAAGGCCUGUGUCUUGGCUCCGCAAAUGCACAUCCAAGUUUUUCAUUUUAUCCCCAAAUAAAAGAACAGAUUCUGUUAGUGCUUCAGAUAUGGCUGGGACAUCGCCACUGUCAGAUGUGAAUGUUAAUACAGAAAAAGUUGAUGGGCCUGCAUCUCUUCCUAAUAUAGGAGCUAGAGUUACUCUUGGAGAAAGACAAUUAGCAGGUGGGGUGGCUUGUCCCUCUUUGGACACACCGCAUCUCCAAUCUGAUAAUAUUGUUAGAGAGGUGGAUGAUGAACACUCUCCAUCCAUAGAUGAUCACAGCUACGUGGAUAGUAUGGUAGGUGGAUGUCCAGAUGAUUCUCAGCAGUCAGUUCCAAAGCUUGGUCGGCCCAGACCUGGGAGGAAAAACAAAUCUGGAAUUUCUAGAACACGAUCAGUGAAGGCUGUUGUUGAAGAGGCCAAGGAGUUCUUAGGGAAAGCCUCAGAGGAAAUAGAAAAUGCAAGUUUGCAGUCUCUAAAUACUGAUCGUAUCAAUGAAGACAGUAUAGAAGACUCCAGUCGCACUGAGAAAGCCAUUGGUAACGCUAGAAGGAAGCGGCAACGUGCACAUACUUCUAGGAUUACAGAAAGUGAGCCGAAUACUGGUGAUAGUGAAGGACACUCGGAUAGUAUUACAGCCGGUGGGCGCAGAAAGAAGAGGCAAACGGUUGCUCCACCAGCACAAGUUACUGGAGAGAAGCGAUACAAUCUCAGGCGGCAUAAGACUGCAGGCAAGAUUUCAUCUACACAGGACCUAUCCAAUGGAACAAAGAGUGUGAAGAAAGAAGCUGCUGGCGGUAAACUGGAGGUGGAUAAAAGCCCUGAGGUUGUCAUUGGAGCUUCAUCAGUAGUAGCUGAAGACAAUGUCCAAGCCACAUCUCAGGUGCAGGUCUCAACAGUAAAGACUGUGGAGUUGUUCUCAGAUGAUAGAGUUGUUAGGUUUGAAGUACCAAGAGACAUUAUUGAUGACAAUGGUGCUGCAACCAACUCUGUGGAUCGCGUGGAAGAAAAUGGUACACCCGAAUAUGGGGAUGAAGAUGGAAGCACAAUCUACGAGGUUGAAAAUAAUAACGAGGAGGAGGAGGAAGAAGAGGAAGAGGGAGAGGAGCAUCCCGGUGAAGUUUCCAUAGGAAAGAAGAUCUUGAAAUUUUUUACAACAUGAUGGAAAUAGUUAUAUUUCUCGUUGAUAUCGCAAUAGAUAUAAUAUAACUAUGCUCUUAUUCCUUUUAAAUAGGAGAAUUAGGCAUGUAAUAAUACUUUGGGGUUAACUUCCAUGUUUGUUUUGAAAUUUAUUACUGGCAGAUGAGAAGCAUUAUUCUCCUGCCUUUGUUUUCAAAGACCGUCCUCUUGUACAAUAGAUUAUAUUUGUUUCCUAAAAGUGAACAAAUUUUAGCUCAGUUAUACCUAAGAUAAUGAGCUAAAAUACCUUCUU